AUGUCAGAUACUGGACGUAGUCCUGGACGUGCAACUCGAACUGGAACAGCUGGCACAGCAGUGCGUCAACGUCGCGGUGGAGCUACAUCUUCAGGUGCAGCUAGAGCAGCACGAUCAGGUGGUGUUAAUAGUGGUGGCUUAUGGCGUUUUUAUACCGAAGAUGCAACAGGUCUCAAAAUUGGUCCGGUGCCUGUACUGGUAAUGAGUCUGGUGUUUAUUGCUUCAGUAUUUGUGCUACACAUUUGGGGCAAAUACACCCGUUCACAUCAUUAA